CAGCAGCUUGGGCAUGGGCGGAGCUUAGUGACGUCACCGUUGCUGCUCUCUGCUGGGUUCCGCUGUGAGACAACAGCAGUGGUGAUGUCAGUAAGCUCCGCCCGUGCCCCAAGCCAGCUGCCGGGACUGGAGCUAAUGGAGGAAAUUACUGAAGAUACCCGCCACAGAAAGGGACAAGGUUGUUUAUAUAAAGAAGAAGCCUCUAUAGUAUAGUCUCACCCCACACUGUCAGCAAAGUUGAAAUGGCCAUGGCUAAAAACAAUAUGGAAGACAUAAAUCCUGUAUUAAGGAUUAGUCAACUGGAUGCUAUUGAAUUAAACAAGGCAUUGGAGCAAUUAAUCUGGACACAGUUCAACACUUGUUUUCAAGGCUUCAAACCGGGACUUCUGAGUCGAUUUGAACCGGAGAUUAAAGCUUUUUUAUGGCUGUUUUUGUGGCGAUACACAGUCUACUCCAAGAAUGCCACUGUAGGACAGGCGAUUUUGAACAUUCAUUACAAAAAUGACUUCUCUCAAAGCCCGAAGUACCAGCCACUUAAUAAACAGCAAAAAGUAUGGUUUGCCCUGAUAUCGGUGGGAGGCAGAUGGUUGGAGGAAAGGUCCUAUGAUCUGUUCAGCAAUAACCUCUUUGGGUCAUCAUUUCACAGGAUGAAGCAUGCAAUUCACGUUGCUUCUGGGCUUGUCAAGGUUUUUGGACUCUUGAAUUUCCUAAUUUUUCUACAGCAAGGAAAGUUUGCAACGCUGACAGAGCGAUUACUGGGAAUCCGCUCUGUUUUCCACAAACCCCAAGGGGUGCGGCAGGUUGGCUUUGAGUACAUGAACAGGGAGAUUUUGUGGCAUGGAUUUGCUGAAUUCUUGAUUUUUCUUCUGCCCCUUAUUAAUACUCAAAAGCUAAAAGCGAAGCUGUUCUCCUGGUGUAAACCAGUCCAAGGUCUCCGUCUCAUUGACCUAUCCCUAGCUGUCAUCUGUAAGGAAUGCUGUCUGUGCGGAGAAUGGCCCACUAUGCCUCAUACCAUCGGGUGCACCCAUGUCUUUUGCUAUUACUGCAUUAAAAGUCAUUACAUCGCCGACAUGUAUUUCACCUGUCCUAAGUGUAACACCCAAGUGCACAGCCUGCAGCCACUGGAAUUCAAGGUUGAAAUCUCCGAGAUUCACACUUUGUAAAGUUGGAAAACUUACGUUCUGUAUAUGACAUAUCUGACACACCUUGUAAGUUAAUACGUCGAAGUUGAUCUUAUAGUAAAUUCCAUCGAUAAUUGUAAACGUUUUAUGAUCUUUCCAUCUUUAAUUACGACCUAAUAUCAAUGCUUUGAGACCACAAAUAAAUUACAAAUCUCUAUAGCCAUAUCUUGCCAUUGACUAUUAACAAAUGUUAUCUGCUGGAUCCUCUAAAUUAAUAGGAUGACAGGGACACACUGCCAAAUAAGCAAAUGCCAGCAUUUGUAUCUUUUGUGGUUGUGUACUAAAUGAUUCACAGUGUUUAAAAAAGACUUAUUUAUAGGGUGGACUAACUUUCUUUAGAUCCUCUACCUAAAUAAUAUUUACAUACUAUGCGUAACUGGGUUUUACAGAUCUCGCCUUGCUGAUAAUAAAUGGUAAUAUUAUUAAUUACAGCCAGAAACUAAAACCCAUGUUGGUAAUGUCUGACAAGUGGACUUCUUUGUGACUAUAAAAGGUUGGAAAAUACAUGUACUGUAUAUUGCCUAUCUGACAAUCAGAGGACUCCAAAACUAAGUAAAAAAUUUAGCUUUGUAUCCUGUUUUACAUAUUCUUCUCUGCAUAUCUGGAGACCUAGAAGCUCCUCUCUUUAUUAUACAGUGAUCCCUCAACGUACAAUGACCUCGGGUUACAAUAUUUUCAACAUACAUUGGUCUUUUCUAGACCAUUGUAUCCUGAAACCAGACUCAACAUACAAUGCUACAGACAGUCCAGAUAUGUGAAACCUGUCAAUGGCUGGAAGAACUGACCAAUCAGAAUGGUCAUUUCAGUGGUAAAACCCCUGUAUUAAUGAAUAACAUGCAUUGUUUGUCUGUCUGGUAGCGCCUCUCUACAGUACAGGAAGGUACUACAUGGCCUGUACUAUUGUCGGGUUAGCUGCUCCUUUGGACACCAGGUAAGGGCGGCUCCAUGUUACUUUUUUUAGGACACUGUAUGUACUGUGCAGGACCCUGAAGAAGCUCCUGUCCUCUACAUAGACAGUGAUUUACAGCUUCCAGCAGAUCUUUCUUACUUUUAUAUGUAAGAACUUGCUUUAUCUGUCGUACUUAUCUACCUUUUAUUCUUUAGUCCUUCCUUUUUCCUAUUUUUGGAUGACAUUUUGGGGCUUCAGAACCAAUUACCAGGUUUCCAUAGAGUUAUGGUCUCAACAUACAAUGGUUUCAACAUACAAUGGUCAUCCUGAAACCAAAUAAUAUUGUAUCUUGAGGGACCACUGUAUUGGCAUUCAAAUAGAGCUUGAAGAAGCAACAUGAAGGUUUUCAUACAGCUCAUUUUACACUGGUAUUGGGUUACAAUCAUAUUUGUUCUUAUAGUCUGCAGUGCUAUUAUAACCAUAAAAAUAGAAACCUGAUGGAUCUCUUGGAGACCAGUGAGAUUGGUGAGGAUUCAAUGGAAGCUGUUAACAAAUCCAUCAAAGCUGACAUGGUUCUAUUAAGAGCAGAAUAACCAAAAUCAAAGAAAUGUUACACUUGUUAACACCCUAGUUAAUAAGGGGGUCAAGGGGGAAAAGACUAUAAUAAAAGACAAAUUACUUACUUGAUAAAUCCUAGUAUCUAUGUUCCCUGCAGAUCUUUGUUUACUGCUAUGUUGUGCCCAUAUACACAGAUGAAAGCGAUUGUCGAUCACAGGCUUUAGCGGUGUACGGCAUAAGGCUUCUGAAGCCAGUGAUUAAAUGCAGCGACUAUGUGGGUAGUCAGACACAUCAUUGUUGUAACCCAGUAGACAUAGUCCAGUGGGGAGUACUGGCCCUGAAGUAGUAGGGGAUUUAUCAGGUGAGUUCUAGGUAUUUUAUUAUGACUUUUCCACCCCUUGGCCCAAUUGAUUGCUAUGAUCAGGCCCGAGUACACUCUUAUAUUUCUUGCACCUUUUGAUGCCAGUGAUGUUGGUGCUAUGUAUACUGUGCCAUGUACUUAUUCAUAGGCAUUCACUCUAAUGCUGGUGACAAAUGUCAGUGACAAUAUUUAGUGCCCAAAAAAGUGAUUUAAUUGUAUACCAGUCCUUAUCUGUAAUCUGAUCCACGAAUUAUAGAGGAAAGAAAAUAAACCUACCGACCUUGAUGCCUGUACAGCUGAUGAAUGGGUUCUUGCGGCUAGUGGUUUUCCCCUCCUGGUGCAUACAGCUGACCUUAUCUCUCAGGCUACUGUAUAUCAUCCUGUGGCUGUAGAGCCUCACGUAUUGUCUCAGUAAGGCAAUUUGGAGUCUAAGACCCAUAUAACAUACACUUUGCUCGAGUUAAAGGUCUUUGACACCAUAGUUAGCAGUGAAAAAAAAUUAUAUACACCAGCACAAUUUCACUGGCACCUUAUGUUCACUUAUUAAAGGGGCUUUACGAUUCCACAUAUUGAUGACCUAUCCUCAAGAUAGGCCAUCAAUAUCUGAUUAGUGGGGUGCUGAUACCUGGUAGCUGUUCAACUGUUCUUCAGGGUUUCAGUUGUCAGAUCUACGCUGUUGUCAAGACCAGAAGCAGUUUGCUCCUUUCAAUUUAAUGGGGGCUGAGCUGCAGUUACCAGGCAUGGCCACUAGACUGUAAACUGAGCCAACUGCUUCUAGUCACGUUCAUAUAUAUCUGGCAGCAGUAGUCUGGCAGAACAGCUGAUCAGUGGAAUGAUAGAUGUUGGAACAGUGACAAUGUAUUCCUAUUUUUUAGCUGUUGGACACUCACUUCUCAAGCAUUUAUGGGAUAUUCAGUAUGACAUAAAUAUUGCUUGUGAGAAAAUCCCUUCAGUCACGUCUGUGCUAUAUUUUGACUCCAUGCUAUGAGCAUGCAAUGUCUAUGGAUAGCAAAAGCAAGCAAAGGUGAGAAAUAGCACAAAAGGAAAAAUUGCAACUUUUGAUAAUAGAAUCCUUCAUUUUUUCACAGGACAGCAACACAAAGAAGGUCGACAUACGAGGAAAUUCCUCACCAAUAAUUGUAUUUUGAUGUAAUUGCCCAUAUUCUGUAAUUUACACAAAAAAUUUACAUGUCUUCUUAGUUACCUGAUCAGAAAGUUACAAUAAACUAUUAUGGUUUUGGAAAGCAAAAAACCUCUACAUAUUACGUGGUUACCCUCUAAAAAAGCAAGUUCACUUAACAUUACAAACUUAUGUCUACAGCUGUCGUCCUCACACAGUAUUUUCUGGUUAUCGGCUCAGAACUGUAGGGAGGCAAAGCGGACUAUACCCAUUAAAUCAAUAUCAACCUGCCGAUUCUGGUGGGACCAGCCAACCUUAUAAUAUGUAGGUGACCUUCUGACUCUCUACUGACAACAGAUGUUUUGUGUAAGAAUGAUCAGGGAAUAAGAAACUAACAUGCCCAAUCCUUUUGUUGAUGAGAACAAUUAGCUGCCACCAAAGUGGUCUGGCAGCGGCUCACUCACCUUUUACCAUACAGAGGGUAAAUGUAUAUUGGGGAAUUGGGAGAGAAUGCUGCAGCUGGCUGAACUCCUCUUUCUGUAGUUUAUGGCUAGGAGUAUUCCUACUUCACACAUCAAUGACAUAUUAACUUGAAUAUAAGUGUCUAAUAGAUGUGCAUCCCAACUCUGGGACCUGAUGCUAUGUCAAGAACAAAGGCUUUUUGGUGAUCAGAGGUGUCUGGGAUACCAAAAUUAUCUGGACUGUUUCAUACAGUUUGCAUAACUCCUGUAGUUGUUAAUGGAAGUUAAGCGGUGCUUGGUGUUACGUAGUUUACGCAACUCCCAUUAAGGUCCUAUGGAAGUUACAUAAACUACAUAAAACAUGCCUGAUGAGUUGUUCUUCUUUUUGACAUUGGUGCCCCAGAGUUUGGACCCAAUAUUUAUGUUCAAGAUGGGAGUACCCUGUUAAGAGCAGUGAUCCGUAUGUUUCUGAGUUAUCCUGAUUUAUCCAACAUACUGAGGUUAGCAUAUAGACGGGGCUGCCCACCAACCAGACCCCUUGGUGUUCCAUUACUUCAGGACAUCCUAUCUAUGACCCCUUGUAGAGUUUAACAAUGCAGCAAAUGGGAGCAGUAUGGCAACAUAUCACAAUGAUCUUGCAUCCUAUAGAGCAAUAAUAUCAUUUUUAUCCUAACUUAGGAUGUUACCUUCCUGUAACUUGGAGAUACAUUAGUGACUCAUUUAAAGUUAUUCCUAUGCACUAAUUGGGAUUUGUCCACAUGACAAAAGUAAAACUACUUACAACUAUGCUGUUUUAUGUUAUAAGAAAGUAUUUCUAGGAAACCCUUCCUUUCACAUGCAAGUUUGGAAUAUUUGUUUCCCGAUGUAGUUCAUGAUGGGAAAGCUAAAAAAACAAAACAAAA